CAUACGACGUUUGUCGUGAGUUCGCACAAAAUGGCGGAGAGGGAAUUGGAUAUUGAGCUAUUCAUUGAAGAAAUUAAGAAAUAUCCAGAAAUAUGGAAUGUGGGUGAUGAAAAUUACCAUGAUAGGACAAAGAAGAGAGCAGCAUGGACAACUAUCUGUUGUUUGUUCAGCGAUGAUUUUGAACAGAAGGAUGACAGGGAUAGAAACGAAAUUUGCAACAAAUUGAUUAAAAAGUGGAGGAAUAUAAGAGACAGUUAUUCCAGAAAUACAAAAAGAAGCACCAAGUCUGGACAGGCAGCUGACGUAAACAAAAAAUAUAUUUAUGCUAGGCAGUUAUCCUUCCUUGGAUCUAGUGGGGCCUCAACUGAAACCCAGUCUAGCUUAGCCCAAGAAGAUGAAAAUCAAUGUGAAGAAACGGUGGAAUCAGAGGGGUCAGAUCGUCCAAAAUACGAUCAAAGGAGUUCACUGAAACGUAAAAGAAACGUGGAGUCCGCGUUGAUAGAUUUCAUGACGAAGCCUAUGCCUACGCCACCUCCAGUUUCAGAACCUGAUCCGGACAGAUCGUUUUUCGAAAGUGUUCUUCCUUCAAUCAGAAAAUUUGACGAGGACCAAAAAAUUCAAUUUCGCUGUGAGGUAUUAAAAAUAAUCCAACGAAUGAGGAACAUACAUCAACCCAAUUUUCCAUCUCACACGUAUCCACCUAACCCUUAUCUCCAUCAAUCUAUUUUUCCCUCUUCCCAAAACUUGAGAUCUUCUCAAUCCUACCCAUUGCCACCCCAGUCCACAUCCACUAAUUACCUAACAAUAAUUCCACCUCAAACACCUUUCCCUCAACAAAUGACAGAACUCCGCCCAGUUGCUUCCUUAUCUUCAUCAGAUUUUUCCAUUGUUAAUAUAAAGUCUCCAAACGAUGGUACAAGCCAAGAUCAAGAUGAGAGUAUAGAUUUAUUUCCUUAAAAAUAAUACUCAAAGUUUAAGUUUUAUAUUUUUGUAAAUAAUAAUAUUUUUAUUAAAAUUAUAUUUUUGUUAUAAAGAAUAAUGUUUAUAUUUGUGAUAAAUAA